UGAAGAAUGUGCCACUUACAAUGUCUUGAAGAAUGGUUGGAGAAAGGGGUCCAGUUUUUGAUGAUGAAGAAGAAAGCAAAUUGACCUAUACAGAAAUUCAUCAGGAAUACAGAAAACUAGUUGAGAAAUUGUUAGAAAGUUACUUCAAAGAAAUUGGAAUUAAUGAAGAUCAAUUUCAAGAAGCAUGCAUUUCUCCUCUUGCAAAGACCCGUACAUCACAGGCAAUUUUGCAACCUGUGUUAGCUGCAGAAGAUUUUACUAUCUUUAAAGCAAUGAUGGUCCAGAAAAACAUUGAAAUGCAGCUGCAAGCCAUUCGAAUAAUUCAAGAGAGAAAUGGUGUGUUACCUGACUGCCUGACAGAUGGUUCUGAUGUGGUCAGUGACCUUGAACAGGAAGAGAUGAAAAUCCUGAGGGAAGUUCUUAGAAAAUCCAAAGAGGAAUAUGAUCAGGAGGAAGAAAGGAAGAGAAAAAAUCAGUUAUCAGAGGCUAAAACAGAAGAUCCCCCAAUGCAUGCUAAUGAAACUGCAAAAAUGAAUAAUUCCCAAAGGGAUGGUGAACGUUUUGCACACCCAUCCUCAGAAAUUAAAGUGAAUUUUGCUAAUCAGUCAGUACAAUCUUUGGCAAGAAAUCUGGAAAUGUUGCCUGAAACUUCCUCCCUCCCACAAAAAGGCCUGAAGAUUCCUGGCUUUGAACAUGCAAGCAUUGAAGGACCAAUAGCAAAUUUAUCAACACUUGGAACGGAAGAGCUCCGGCAACGAGAACACUAUCUCAAACAGAAGAGAGAUAAGUUGAUGUCCAUGAGAAAGGAUAUGAGGACUAAGCAGACGCAAAGUUCAGAGCAGAAAGGAAAACCUGCUGGGGAGGUAGAGGAACUGACAGAGAAACCAGAAAUGACAGCAGAGGAGAAGCAAACAUUAUUAAAGAGGAGAUUGCUUGCAGAGAAACUUAAAGAAGAAGUUAUUAAUAAGUAAAUUUAAAACCAAUUUAGCAAAACAAAUUCAAAUUUUCUUAAAAAUAAAUUAUGAAUCCUUACACCGAGCCUGUUAGUUUCAAAUACUUGUGUUUGUAAAAGCAAAUAUAAGCUCAUUAUUACUGUUUUAUUAAAGGUAAAGGGUGGUAGGGAGGGCAGCUACUUAUGCUGACCAGUUUAGUAUAAAUUUCUGAAUGUGUUGGAGAGAAGAUAUAGACAACUAAUUGAUAGUGCAUUCAGUCAUUCAUUACCUGUUGUUCUUAAGCAUUGUGCUAGGUACUAAGUAUACAGUAAGAAGUCAACUAGAUCAGCAGGGUCCCUGCCUUCAUGGGGUUAGUGAAGAAGGCCCAAAGAGCAAAGUUGUAGAAGGGAAAAGUGCAGUGUUACAAGCAGGGCUGGUCACACCUUCUUGAGAAAGCUGUAUUUAAGCUGAUCGAAGGCUAAUUGCAGGGAGAAAGGGGAAACAAAAAGCCCACCUGAGGUCCUGCGGGACAUAAUACAGAACAUAUAGAGGAGCGGUCAGUGUGGCUGGAGUACCUGGAGAAUGCGAGAGGGUUAGCAUAUGCAGUUGGAGAUAGGUGGGUACUGAUUUGCAGGGCCUUAUAGAGAAUGUGAGGAUUUUAAAUGUCAUGGCAUUGGGAAGUCACUGAAAGGUUUUAAAGCAGAGUAAUUCCAUGAUCAAAAUGUUCAUUUUAAAAAGAUGCAUGGCUGCUGUAUGGAGACUAUUAGGUGAGUGAAAUUAGUUGGGGGUGUACCAGGUAUUAGGUAAUUCAAUGAUGAGUAGUUAACUUGGACAGUAAGAUAGAUUUCAGCAUCCUACAUUUAGGGCAGGAGCAAACAGGACUUGGAAAGUAGAUGAGGGAAAAUACUCAAUUACUCUGUCUAGAAAAGCUACUACGAAGCAUGUAACGGGAACAAUCAGUUGAACCUAUGAAGGGGAAUGCUGCCAUGUGUAGGUCUUUUGCAUGUGAAGUGAUCUUGGAUGGUUUUCUGAAGUCUGUUUGCUUAAAGAUAACCAGAAUACAGAUGCUCCUUUACUUAUGAUGGGGUUACGCCCCAAUAAACCCAUUGUAAAUUGAAAAUGUGGUUAAGUCGAAAUGCAUUUAAGACACCUAAUCUACUACUGAACGUCGUAGUUUAGCCCCGCCUCUCUUAUAUGUGGCUCCGACCACUUAGAUUAGCCUGCAGCUUGGCAAUUAUCUUGAGCUUCAUCUCACCAGAAGCAGGAGACACAUGAGGGGAUGCAAAUACGUAAAACAACAUCCAGAACACACUGGUGACACAGUACACUUUAGUGUUGGUUGUCUACCCUCGUGAUCGCGUGGCUGACUGGGAGCGGCGGCUUCCGAGCAGCGUCAGGACAGAGGAUCAUAUGGCGAAUCACGAGCCCGGGAAAAGACAGAAAAUCCAAAGUGAGGUUUGUACCAAAUGCGUAUCGUCUUGCACCAUUGUAAAGUCAAAAAAUCCCAAGUUGAACCAUCAUGUCGGGGACUGCGUAGAAAAGACCUUGUAUCAGGAACUUCCUGUGUUGUGUCAACCCCCCAAACACCCCCCACUUUUCUAGUUACGGCCCACUCCUGAGGUUUAACUUAUAAUUCCAUUUCAUUUCUUUAAAUCUAUAGUUGUAAACCUUUAAAAAGGGAUUCCAAAAUUACUUAAGCUCCAACCUUCAACCUGCAGAGAAAAACCAGUAUUAAUUUAAUGUUAUUUUUAUCACUUAGUGGACAAAGAGGAAAAAAACUAGUGAUUAAAACACAAAAAUCUGUUUCAUGUAACUUUUUAUUAAAAAUAGUUUUUAUAUUGGAUACAUGUUUACAGAUAUACUUUUAAGAGAACCUCAGGCAUACAAAUGUGGGCUCUGGCUUGCUUCACUGAGUGAAGAUAUAAAAACCUGAUCUGCCUGAGGGUAGCCAACAUGUGGAAUCUUAACAGUUACUCUUUAAGGGAUAUUUUAAGUCCUGUUCUCAUAUCAUUGUGAAUGAGCAUAUGUACCAAGAAAAGUGUUAUCCUAUAAUUCAACAAAACUUUCACAUUUUUGCUAUAAGAAAAGCAUCCUGACGAUGAUGAUUUUAAUGUUUAAGACUCAUGGCAAUUCUUCAGAAAGGAAAAUUAAAAGAAAUUCUUCGUAAGAUAUAAAGGUAAUACUUCCUACAGGAACUUAAAAUUACUUAAUUAGGAAGAGUCAAGAGUAAAUAGUGAAACGCUUUAGGCCUGGGCUUCUUAGAUUACAAGAGCUGAGAGUGAAGGGGCUUGAUAAAACUUGCUUGAAAGAAAAUGUAUGCUAUGGAAAUGUUACUGAUCUUGGUUUAAAUUAUCUUGAGUCACUUGCCUUUUGAGGUGGAAGGUCUUUUUCAUUACUUGUACCUGUAAUCAAAGAGGUGGUAAUAGCCCCAGGUAGUGAUGCUUUGGUGCUGGGACUUUAUUUGCCCAAGGCACACCUUCUAUAAGGAGUCAGUGAUAGUUAAAGUGCAGUUGACCCUCAUUUGUUCAGAAUUC